AUGUCGAGCAAUGAUAAUAAUGAUAAAGCUCGAAUCGACGGGGAUCAACGAAAUGGAGCGAAGGAUGAUGAUAAUCCAGCUGAUUCAUUUCCUGAAAGUGGUAAACUCAAUGUUCCGACUGUGCCCAGUGAUCUUGGAGGUGGAAGUUGGGUAGUCAUUAACGCUCAUCAAGGACCCAGAACCAAUCUUGCAAAUGUAUGCAGUAACGGUGAUGCGUCCGUGAAUGGGACUGCAGGGCAAGGAAAAUAG